AUGAAGCUGCCUCGUCUUCAAAGGCAGGAAGAGAUCAGGCGAUGGUACAAAAACCGUAUCAAAGAAGCCGAUGAGAAGCUGCAGAACUCCAACAUCGAUGUAGGCUGUCUUGAUUUCCGUCAUUUGGCGGAACGGAUUAUGGCCGCAGACGGUGCCAUGUUUACUGAAGGGGCAUCCUUCAACCUUCUUCGUCGUCUUGUUGAUGAGCCAGGCGUAGCAGCGAAGAUCGACUGCGUUGUACAAGCAGGAACUCUGGACCUUGCUAAGAUUAUCUUCACAAACCAAUUCAACAUCGCUCUCGACAGAGAGUCCGCUGCAUACGUGCUGGAUAGUUCGCAUCUCUUUCGCAAUUUUGUUGCUGUUCCGACUCACACAUCCCAGUCAAUCUCUUUCUCAUUUGACAAACUGGAAGAGAAUGGCUUUUUCAGUCUUGCAAGAUGGAUCUUAUGUUUCAAUCGUGGCGAAGACCCUUUCAAGGUAGCGGAAGGACAUGUCACUUUGGCGGGUCAGCACCGCGAUGCAACGAUCAAGCUGCCGGAUCUUGCGAUGAUUCUGCUUACAUUUGACUUCGAAGCAUAUCCGAGAGAAACAUCAAAGGUCGAGGUACAAGUCGUGCAGGGAGAGUCUCUGCUUUUCGUACAGUCAGAAAGUGGAAUCCUAGCAUUCCUACCUAAGGAUGGCCAUAUAUACAAGACUGUGGAUCUAGUGGCCCUUCUGACUUCUGUGCAUUAG